CUCCCUAUUCUUUAUUUUCCCCAUUCAUUAUUUCUUCUUCUUCUCCAAUGGCCAGUGUUGAGGUUGAAUCAUCGGUUGCGAACUUGCCGGAGAACGUGGAGGCGCCGGAGGCGAAGGUCGAAGAAAAAUCUCCCGAAGUCCAGCCAGCGAGCGAAGAAUCUCCGGUGGCUGAGCCAGCUGACGUAGAAGAACCAAAGCCUGAAGCCACGGAGGCAGAUCAGGCCGUACAAUCGGCUAAAGCUCCGGAGGAGGCCGUGGAAGCGGCAGAGGAGCCGAGAGUUGAGGAAGAAGAAAAGAAGGAAGAAGCAGCGGAAGCUGAAUCAGUGGACAAAGAAGCCGUGCCUGCAGCAGAAGAGCCAAAGGCCGAGGAGUCUCAAACCGCCGAGCCCGCUGCCGAACCGGCCGCAGCCGCAGUGGAGGAUGAGAAACCAGUUGAAAAAGAGAAAGCAGCUGAGGUAGCAGAAGAGAAGAGCCAAGAAUAGAGAGAUGGAAGCCAUGUGAAGGGAAGAACUGAAGAAGGGGAGAGAGUAUUUAAGUAGUUAUUAAUUUAUGUGAUGUUUUUUCUUUCUUUGAUUUUCUAUUGGUUUAUUGAGGUUUUUGAGUGGGGAAUUUAUAUAUCUGAAUUAUUAAGAAAUUAAGUUGAAGGAUGUGUUAUGGAGUUGAAGGAUUUGGCUGCUAUAUGGGUUUGAAGAUAAUAUAUUAUCUCUCAACUUCUAAGAGUUAUUAAAUUUGAUAAUUAAGUAUUUGGUGUGA